AUGUCUCGCGCCCUUUACGAAAUGAAAAUGGACAUGGACUUUGAAGUCUACGGGGACGUCGUUUUGGACCCCGAAGAGGUCAUGGACAACAGAGACAUCCUCGCCUCAUAUGACAACUUGGGGACGGAUUCCGACUCCGAAAUUUUCACGGAAGACGAAGACAAAGAAAACGAGGGAAGUCACGGCAACAUCCGCUCGUCUCGUUUUCGACCUAGCAAAGUCACCAAACGCCAGCCACCCCGGAAACGGACCAAGUAUCGUCUAGGCCCCCGCAGAAAAUUGACCGACAAAGACCUCGACUUCCUCAUCUACAGGGACGAGACAGCUGACGAAGUCCCCCCCUUCCGGAGAGAAUACUACGGCAGCAACCUCCCUGCCCUUAGCGAAAUCGAAAAUGGCGUCAGGUUCCAGUACGCCGCCAACCACCAGAUUCGCCAAAACCACCAAACCCUCAUCGCCGACGCCUUGGAGGUGGGCGAUGAAGAGCUGGCAGAUAGGAUCUGGACUGCCGCACAAAACGAGCCCAGGAAUCUUGAGCGCCUGGCCGCCGCCUACGUCUGGGACGCAGAUUGCGACCCCCUCGACGUCUGGCUCUGGGUCCAAGACAAGGGCUACCACCGCAACUGGACCUUGCGCCAGGAGCAGAGAUUCGUGGAUUUCCUCGAUUGGAUGGCGCCUCUCGUCCAAGGAAACGCGAUCUACAAGAUGAACAACCCGGACGAGGCAGACGACACCAACAAGUGGAGCACCAAGGUCCUGGAGCUGCAGUUUGACAGCCUCGACCUCCCUAACCUGGUCUUGGAAAUGGAGAACAUGACGCAAGUCACCUUUGUUCCAUGCGGCGAAGACGAGAACAUCCUCCACCGUGCCGACUUUACAAAGUUGCAGCAGGACUACAUCGACGCCAAAUGGAAGGGGCCAGGGCGUUGGGCUCUUGGGGAAGAAGCGGUGCCUCCAUUGGAGAGCGACCAUUCUGAUGAAGAGUUUGAAGAGUGUGAGGAGGAGUACGAGGAAGACUACGAAGAGGAGUACGUAGAGUAG